ACUGUGGACAGUGGAUGAUAUUAAAAGUAAUUUUAGCAUUUUAGGAAUAAAACCACUAUCCUUUUUAGUCAACCCUCCCUUAUUGCGUGCCUGAAUUUUAACGUUGAUCAUUAUCGUGUUGAUCAUCGGUGGUGGGAGAGCCAAAUAAUUUUGAGGUGGUACUGAAAUGUGGGAGGAAAAAAAAAACCUUGGCGAACCGCUGAUGUAAAGUGUUUGAUUGCCCUCGUGUGGCCAUAAUAAGCCACUACAGCCAUGAAAUCAAACUUGCAUGCACUGCACCAGAGUGACGGAAAAUAAUUUCGACGUAUUACGUUAUUUUUAAAUACCAUUCUACUCUAACAAAGUAAUCCAGUCUAUUUGUUAGGUACCCCCCCCCCCCCAACAGACUGGGACGUAGCAUCUUCUCUGUCAGGAUGUCAACAUCUGAAAAUGCUUGGUCAUCUGGAGCUCGCGAUGCAUCACGGUCCACGUCGGAGGCCGAGCUGCGGCUCGCUCUUCUGGGAAAGACGGGAUCGGGGAGGAGCUCCUCUGGCAACACCAUCUUGGGCAGGCCGGCCUUCGCGGCGGACGUCUCCCCCUGCUCUGUCACUACACAUUGCACGAAGGAGACGGGGACAGCAGGCGGAAGGUGCAUCUCUGUGAUUGACACGCCGGGCUUCUUUCACACACACUUGUCCACUCAGGAGGUCAUUGGAGAAGUGGGACGGUGUGUCGCCCCGUCCACUCUUGGACCCCACGUAUUCUUGGUGACCCUGCAACUUGGCAGGUUCACCCAGGAGGAGAGCGAUGUCCUGCAGUGGAUUAAGGCAACAUUUGGACCUGAAGCCACCAGGUUUACACUGGUGCUGUUCACGUGGGGAGACCAGCUGCGAGGAAAACGCGUGGAAGAGUUUCUGGAGCAGAAUGAUGAGCUGUCUGCAUUUGUCAGCAGUUGCAAUGGAAGCUUUCACGUCUUUGACAAUAGCCAGCGGAGGAAUACGACUCCCUGCUCCCAACAAGUGGAGCAACUUCUGACAAAGAUCAACAAGAUUGUGGAAAGCAACGGAGGCGGUUGCUAUAGCAACCACAUGUUCAAGGAGGCCGAGAAUGCCAUCAGGAACACCCGGGAGAGGAUUCUGGAAGAAAAGCGACAACGGUGGCUACAUGUUGAGGAUAACGAAACAGAGGGCCCACAGCCGGAGCUGCAAGACAGACAGAGGGGGGAGGAGGAGGCGGCGGCUGCCAGACGGAGGGCAGAGAGGCUCUUCUGGUGCGAGCUGUUGACUGCGAUUGGAACAGGUGCGGCUGAAGGGGCUGGUUUCACCGAGACGGACAAAGGCAAAGGCAAAGCCUUGAAGAAAGUCAAAGUGGUGGAGAAGGCGGCGGCGGCUCUGGUCACCUCGCCGUUCUCCAUCAGUUCAGCUGCAAAGGUGGUUGGAGGUGCUGUGAGAGAAGGAAGUAAGGUGCUCUACAAGCACCGCAAAACAUUCCUACACUGACUGAAUGGAUUCCAAAAAGCACACAUUUGCAACGUAAGUGUUCACGGAUCAAGAAAAAAAAAAGGCAAUGAUAAUAAAUGUGCAAUUUAAUUUAGAGCGGAAAACACAUUUAAAGUUAAAAAAUAAUAAUAAAUCCUGACUACAGCUAAAAUGAUACAUUGGAAUGAAUUUCUAUUUAUAUUACACGGUUAUGCUUCAUUUUUGGCUGCUGUUCCUGAAAAAAAAAAAUGCUGAGCCCUUUUUACUCCUGUGACGAAACGCA